AUAUAUGUUUAGGCGUAGGUAGCUUGGAAUUGAUUGGUUUGUUUGUAGGGGCUGGAUAGAGGGUGUAACCUCUUGGUUUUCCGACCGUUUCAGACCUGAGGAACCAGCGCAACCUGGUGAGGAGGAAGAAAACAAGGAAGGGGAAGAGAACCAGGAAGGUGAGAAUGUAGAAGGUGGAGAGGAAAAGAAAGAUGAACAAAAGGAGGAAGGAGAACCAGGAAUGUGGGAGGAAACUUUUAAAAACUUCCCCGAUUCCAAACCACAUGGUCCAUCCUCUGUUGGUGUUGAUAUAUCAUUUCCUGGAUUUGAGCAUGUAUAUGGUAUACCUGAACAUGCUGAUUCCAUGGCUCUCAAAACUACCAAGAGUACAGACCCAUACAGAUUGUUUAACUUGGAUGUGUUUGAGUAUGAGUUGUAUAAUCCCAUGGCGUUAUAUGGUGCUGUCCCUGUGAUGAUGGCACAUAAUGAGAAGAGAACAGUUGGUGUGUUCUGGCAUAAUGCCGCCGAGACUUGGAUAGAUAUCAGCUCUAAUACAGCAGAUAAGAAUUUCUUCUCAAAGAUAGCUGAUAUAGUUAAGGGAGGCAGUAAAGAGAUACCACAGACAGACACACACUGGAUCUCGGAGAGUGGUGUAAUAGAUGUGUUUAUCAUGCUUGGACCUUCCGCACAUGAUGUGUUCUACCAGUAUGCACAGCUGACAGGAACUACUAAUCUACCACCUAUGUUUGCAGUUGCCUACCACCAGUGUAGAUGGAAUUAUAAUGAUCAAGAUGAUGUUAAAAAUGUUGAUGCUAUGUUGGACCAAUAUGAUAUUCCAUAUGAUGUCAUCUGGUUAGAUAUUGAACACACAGAUGGUAAAAAGUAUUUCACGUGGGAUAAUGAUAAAUUUUCCCAACCAGAAGAAAUGAUAAACAAUGUAGCAUCAAAGGGGCGUAAGAUGGUAACAAUUGUUGACCCACAUCUUAAACGGGAUGAUAAUUACCAGGAAUAUAGAGAGGCAAGGGACAAGGGUUACAUGGUAAAGAAUAAAGACGGCAAUGACUACGAUGGUUGGUGCUGGCCAGGAUCUUCAAGUUGGCCAGACUUUGCUAACCCUGAAGUGAGACAGUGGUGGGCGAGCAAGUUCCACUAUGAGGAUUACCAUGGUAGCACACCAGACCUGUUUACCUGGAACGAUAUGAACGAACCGUCUGUGUUUAACGGACCAGAGAUUACAUUCCAUAAAGAUGUUUUACACAUGGAUGGCUAUGAGAAUAGAGAUUUACAUAACAUGUAUGGAUUUUAUGUGCAACAAGCCACAGCGGAAGGUCAGUUAGUGAGAAGUGAUAACAAAGAAAGACCAUUUGUCCUGACCAGAGCUUUCUUUGCUGGCUCACAGAGAUAUGGUGCUGUAUGGACAGGAGACAAUAUGGCAGAGUGGAGCCAUUUAAAGGUAUCCAACCCAAUGUUACUCUCGUUGAACUUGGCUGGAAUCACAUUUUCUGGAGCAGACGUUGGUGGUUUCUUCAAGAAUCCUGACACAGAAUUACUCACAAGAUGGUACCAGGCAGGAGCAUUCCAGCCAUAUUUCAGAGCACAUGCCCAUAUUGAUACAAAGAGACGGGAACCGUAUCUUCAGCCUGAGGGAAAUAUGAAGGUUAUUCGUCACGCCAUCAGGACCCGUUACUCUUACCUACCAUUCUGGUACACACUCUUCUAUGAAGGAGAAACAAAAGGUGUCCCUCCGAUGAGACCGCUGUGGGUAGAAUAUCCGACUGAUAGAGAUACAUUUAGCAUGGAUGAUGAAUAUUUACUAGGUACAUCAUUGUUGGUGAAGCCAAUCACAGAGCCCAGUCAGACAGGUACACAGGUGUAUUUCCCAGGCAGUGGUGAGGUAUGGUAUGAUGUGGAUACAUUUAAACCUUACAAUGGUGGUCAGACAACAUAUGUUGAAGCACCUUUAUCAAAGAUUCCAGUAUUCCAGAGAGGAGGUUCAAUAGUUCCUAGAAAAUUUAGAAUACGAAGGUCAUCUUCUUUAAUGGUUCAUGAUCCGUUUACUCUCAUAGUAUGUCUGGAUAAAAAGGGAGCAGCUAAAGGUAGUUUAUACAUAGAUGAUUACCAUACAUUUAACUACAGAAAGGGAGAAUAUCUACUUCGAGACUUCUCUUUUGAUCAAAAUGAAUUCCAUAGUCAGUCUGGUGAUCAGUUUGGUAAUUUUUCUACCAAAGAAUGGAUGGAGAGAAUAAUUGUUGUUGGUCUUCGAACAGGGCCUACUAAAGCUGUUUUAAAAGUUAAAGGUGAAGAAAGAUCUUUACACUGGGAAUACAACAGUCAAACUGGACAGCUCAUUAUACGAAAGCCGGGAGUUAAUAUUGCCUCAGAUUUUAGUAUUAAAUUAUCGUGAUAGCUGUAUGUGAUCUGCAUGUAAUUAAUGUUAAAUGAGAGUGUUUUGAUAAAAAAUAAAUAUAAGUAAGAUAGUCUGGUUGUAUGUUUGAUAUAGGGGCAUUUUGUUCAUUUUUAUUCCUUUAACUUUCGACUAGUGCUAAAGAUAUUUUUUCUUAUAGAUGGGUGAAUGAGAUGGGAGGGGUGAAUGUCAGGUGAAAGGUGAUGAAAUCUUGUAGUAUAAAGUUGAUACAUUGCUCAUAUAGGUUAGAUCAUUGCAUGUUAAUUCCAUCUUAAUUAUGACUAUCAGUGUAAACAGAGCAGGUAGCACUGUUAUAUACCACCUUUGGUCCCUAAUGCAAUCUUUUUACCUUUAUAACUUUUUUUUUAUUUUAUGUAGAACUACAGUUGUUGUAACUUGGUCAGUAUAUGGGUUAAAUGUUGUUUUUGACUGGUAUAGUACUUUAAGCAAUAUUUUUGGAUAUGAAUAAAAUGUAGCAGAAUCUUCGUAAUGUAAGAAUUGUUCCUAGUUUCUGAAUGACUAAAUGGUUAUUGACUAAAUGUAUACUUACUCAUGGGUAGAAUUACUGAUACUUUUGGACUUUCAGUUGAACACAUUCAACCAUUAAGUAGUCAUCGACAGCUGUUUGCCUGUCACUUGGUCCCACUGAAUGUUUACUAAAAAAUAUUUUCUAACAUCAUUUUGUAAAUAGCUGCUGAAAACAUUUUUUUUUUAUUUAUUUUUAUAGUUCUAGAAUCUUAAACUAGCUAGCUGCUUUACCAGAAUAUAGAAAUUGAUAGUACACUGUGUUGGUUCUUUGUAAGAAAGCAAUGUGUUUUACCUCUGGUGGCUACAUUUACAUAACUUUUGCAUAGAGAUUUCAAAUAGAACAUGUGAAUUUGAUGUUAGUCAAGAUUUCCAAUAAAAAAAAUUCUUAUAUUUCGAGAGUUAAUAUAUCUGGAACUAUUUAAAGGACAAGCCAAGCAUUUAAUUAUGGAGGAAUUAAACUUGAGAAAAUCUCAGUUGAUAUUAAUAAUAUCCAUCAAAUCAUAAGUUAUUUUUCAUUCAAGGGUAUUAUUGCGGCUAUGCUAUUACUGUGGCCUGAAUAAACUAUGUUCUGAUUUUAAUUAAUUGCUCUUCACACUAAAGCUUCUCAAUCCUUGUUUAUUGAUCUUAAUUGUCCUUUAGCAAGGGUUAUAGACUGAAACCAUUGAAGUCAGGGCUGGUGGAUGGGAUUUAUGUCCUGCAAGUUGGUUGUCUAGAAUAUUGUGCUGGAAAAAUCAAAAGAUGCUCUUGUUCACACAUUUCUAGUCAGCACAUUUCUUACCAUUUACAUAUAGCUCAUUUUCUUCUAAUAGUCAUCAGUUAUUUUCAUUGUUUAAAAAAAAAAAUAGUGGUAGUACAUGAAUAACAGUAGGAAUAUCUUGGGUUCUACAAAGUUUAGUCAUUGUCAGUGUGGAUCAUACCAGUAUUUUUAUUUUGCACAUCUGUAUGACACAUGUACUGACAAUAUCAUAAAUCCUAUUUUCUACUAAAACUUCAUAGUUUACACAGUAAAAUCAUAUUCAUAUAACAUAACAGUACUAGCAUUGUUAACUGUUCUCCCAUUUUGUUGUCUGAAGAACCAGAACAUCACUAAAAGAAUAUAAGUCUAGAGAAGACACUUUUUUCAUUGCAGUUUUCAUCACAUGCUGACUAGUAACUUGUGUUUUUAUUGUAAAAUAAUUUGUACCCUUUGAAUAAAUAUCAGAAAGUUAUAUUAUGUCUGAUGUAUGAAGUAAGCUUUGUGUAAAAGUGACAUUUAUUGUACUUCAAAGGAUAUGAACAUAUUUAAUCAGUGUUUCUAAAACAUAAUUGUAAAAUGACUGGAAAUUGCAUGCUGAAAAUAUUUGUUUACAUUUAAUUUAUUGUCAGAUUAAAACAGGCAAUAUUGCUUGUCUGUACUUGAUUGAUAGGGGACAAUAAAAGUUAAUUAACCUUUUUUUUUCAUAUGUUUCUAAAUUUACCAAGGAAAAAAUUUAAUGCACAGUAAGAUACAUGUUUUCUAAAUUUUUUACAAAGAGCAAAAUGGUUCUUUCUGACGUAAUGUCUAGCAUGCAGGAUUAGAAUAGAAAUAUUUGUUAAUUGGUAACUAGUGUGAGUGUUUGUGUAGUGAAAAUGAGUUUAUAUUUGGGCUGUUAUAUUAGAAAAAUUGAAAAGAUUACUUUGUGCUGUUGUUAAUAUGUUAAGUUUUCUUAACAUGUUUAUAUUUGAAACAUGGGAAUGUGAAAAUAUUUAAAUAUUUGUAUUUGAAAAUGUACAACAUUUUAUACAUGUACUGGAAGAAUAUUUUAAGGAAGAUGUCCAAGAGAGAGUAGGGCUUUAAAAUUUAGAUCUUUAUAUUUUAUAAACUGAACAGUUCAGUUACAUGUGAUGAUGUUACACACCUUUCUGGUCAGUAGGGGGAGAUUUGUACAAGAAAUUAGGAUAUGCUGCUUCAUCUUUCUGGAAGGCAAAAGUUCCCUUCCUCCAUAUCUCUGCCCUUGUGUUGCCAACUAACACCGAGAGUGUAACUGACAUUUCCAUGUAACUAGGACUGUAACUCAAUUGUGAUUAAACUCUGCAUAGUAGUGCAAGUAUAUUUACUAAUGUUUGUUUUAAGAGAAAUGUUUGCAGCUAUUUAAGGCUUUACACCUAGUAUUUAUUCAAGACUUGGUUGUAUAAAAGCAUGUUACUUUUUGGCAUAAAUGUUAUAGUUGCCUACAAGUGCUAUAAGCAUUCAUGUGCUAUAUUCAUAUGUUGCCAGGGUAACAACAGUGUAUGAUUUGAAUUGCCCUGCUGUAAUAAAAGAAGAUCCACCAUAGUGCUAUAUUUAUUUUUAGUAUGGAAAUGAAUGAGAUUUAAAUGUUCAACCUGUAAUCAUGUUCAUUUGUUAUACAAUGAACUGCCAGCUUGUUCACAGUUUCCCAGACAUUUGAACUGUAUUUAACACACGGCAGUCACCGAUUACCAUUUCACGUAAUGGAAUUACAUUAAAAGUUGUUACAAAUGAUAAAUGCCUGGCAGUUCAUGCUGUAAUAUAAUAUGAGCCACGCCAUGAGAAAACCAACAUAGUGGGUUUGCAACAAGCAUGGAUCCAGACCAGCCUGCGCAUCCGCGCAGUCUGGUCAGGAUCCAUGCCGUUCACUAACAGUUUCUCUAAUUCCAAUAGGCUUUGAAAGCGAACAGCAUGGAUCCUGACCAGACUGCGCGGAUGUGCAGGCUGGUCUGGAUCCAUGCUGGUUGCAAACCCACUGUGUUGGUUUUCUCAUGGCAUGGCUCAAUUAUUGUUUUAGAUUCAAUGAAACUGGAUUGAGUUGAGAUCACGUGUUCAAUUUGCUGUCUGCAUAUAGCAUAGACUGGACACAUGCCCUUUAUUCAGCUGUGUUACUGCACCCAGUCUCUUAUCAAAAGAUUAUGUGUUUUACCAGUGUUAGCAUUUUAUCCGCUGGAGAAAUACAGAAAUAUACUAAAGACAUUAGUGAUCUCUCUCUGAAAGGUAUUGGUGUUAAUUUUACUGUUACUCUAGUUACUUAACAAAUUGUGGUGUAUGGUCAUGUAGAAGUUGUGAUGGUAUUGGUUAUAAACAUUGAUAAGUCUGCUAUGUAUGUGAGAAUACAGUCUGUAUAGAAUGAAUAUGAGUAUCAUCGAAAUCCAAUUUAGUAAGGUUUCAUUUCAGUCAUUUUUACAGUCAAAAACAUUUUUCUUCAUUUGCUGUUUAAAAAACUAUUAACAAAUUGAAAUUUGAAGCUAUGUACAAAGUUGAAUAGUUAAUAAAAUUUUGUUUUAAGGACAUGCAGCAGACAUGAUGGGGAUACUACUUGGUGUUGUAAACAUAUAAAUUAAAAUAACUAUUCUUUAUUUAUAUUUUGAGGUUGAUGGGUCAAUUGUUAACUGUAAAUUUCACCUGGUGACACUUUGUGGCUCUAGUACAAUAUUGGCUCUUGCAUGGAAAGGUUUAUAAAACAAAUUUGAAAGUAGUCAGUUUCUAAACCUGUGUUGCUAAAUGGUAAAUUAAAGUCACCAACUGAUUGCUUGCCUUCACCUCUAUGCAUGUUGGUACGAUAUUUUAUAUAGCCAAUUAUAUUUUACGCCAGCUGGUAAAGUUUGUUUGAGACACUAUUAUUUAAUACCUACUGUAAUUUAUUAAACUUUUUAUUGGAGGCAAUGGUUUUUUCACCAUUAGACAAAAACAAGUAACAGCGAACAUUUCAUCAUUUGUAGAUGUAUGUAAAUGUGCCAGCAAGGUAUAUUGACUGAAUACAAGAUGUACUAAUUUCGUCAUAUUUCCUGUUAGAAACAUGCCGAUAGUUGUAUAAAUUCACAACUACAGUCAAUGUAAUAGUUAUACCUAACUCAGAUAAUAUACCUAAUUUGGAUAAUAAAUAUGAUGCUAUUUCUUUUAGCUAGUUGAUUCAUUCCAUUUUCGGAUACCAUUCCACAAAACAAAACUUUCAGAGAUCUGGCUAUUACAUGUCCUCUCAAAACAGAAUGAAGGGCCUCCAUGGCCUAGUUUUUAAGCUCACUGACUUCAAAUCACUUGCCCCUCACCGAUGUGGGUUCGAGCCUCACUCGGGGCAUUGGAUUCUUCAUGUGAGGAAGCCAUCCAGCUGGCUUACAGAAGGUCGGUUGUUCUACCCAGGUGCCCACUCGUGGUGAAAUGAUGCACGAAGGAGCACCUGGGAUCUUCCUCCACCAUCAAAGCUGGAAAGUCACCAUAUGACCUAUACUUGCGUCGGUGCAAUGUUAAAACCAAUAAAAAAUACUAAGCGCUCUUACAGUAGUAUGACGAAAACUGAAGUGUUUAAAGUAUAAUUUGAACUUAUGCCGAAAACUGAAGUGUUUAAAAUAUAAUUUGAACUUAUGCCGGAUACUGAAGUGUUUAAAAUAUAAUUUGAACUUUUUCAUUUCAUAUUCUUUCAUAAUGAAAUGUUAUUUGGUAUAAAUGUUGUAUUCAUUUUCCAAAGACCUACUUACCUACAUGAAUGUAUAAAUGGCAUUAAGUACUACAAAAAUCUGCUUAUACAAUAUGAAAGGGAAUAAAGAUGUAAGAUAUUGUAUGUAUAUCUUGUUAUAAAUUGAAAAAUAUUUGGAAUGCUGUAGUAAAUGUGAGUAUUAAAAGAUUGAGUAAAUCUGAGCUAAUUUUUGGAAUCUUUCACAUUAAAUUUGUACAAAAUAUGAUAUUGAAGUCUUUUUCAAUGAAAAAUAAAAUAUGAAACAUAUCAAAACUGCAA